AUGAACUACAUUGCGGGAAAGAUAGAGGAGCAGUCACCGUGGGCUGACUGGUAUGCAAGUGGCGGUUUCCUCCUCCUUUACUUACACGUGAUCUCCCACUUGAAGAUGAAAGGAAGGGCUGCUAAUUGUGGGGCAGGAGAUGCAGUAUUUGGUCUCGCAGUUUCCUUUGUCUCUCAUACUAUAGGCGGAUUUGUUGCGAAAGUAUUGAUACCAUCGAUGUCUUCUUUUGUCAUCUUCUUCAUAGAGGUACGACAAUGUCCACGCGAAAAGGAUGAGAACGAUGACAUGGAGGAGGAAGAAGUGCUUGAUAUUGAUAGUCAAAGAUAUAAUGGUAGAACAUCUCCUCUUCGGCUAGAGGGUCCAUAA